AGUAAUCCGUCUAUACUGAAAUACAACAGGACCAUUCUGACCUGACAGUUUUUACGGUAUAUAAAGGAAUGCGCCCGAGGAGCUUUUAUUUGAACGUCCGUAACUAAUUCACUCGUUCACAUCUGUCAAAAGAAGAAAAUCGCACAUGAAAUCACAUUUAUCGCAGCAAAAAUGUUGAUUCGAAAGGACAUAGAGAAAGAGGAACUCAAAUAUGGGGGAAACUUUAAAAGCACUAGGUCUUUCAUGCUGUGUAUUUUUACUGAUAGCUGCAUGUUUUGUGUUACCAAUCUCAAUGAUUGUAAUUGGUGCCAAAUACAAAGAUGAUUGUCCAAUUGAGCACAAGAUUCCAAUCUGGUUAAUUGUAUCUGGUGUUGUAGCCUUGUUCCAAGGAAUAUUUGCUCCAGCUUUCCGUAGGAAUGGAAAAUCAGAACGAAACUCCGGUCAAGGUGUUUUUCAGGCAGUUGGUCUUAUCAUCAAUAUUUUUCAAAUUGUUUGGCUAAUUAUUGGAAGUGUCUGGAUUUAUGGUAACUACAAACCAGAUUAUAACAAAUCUGAUGACCAAUUUUUUUGCCACGAAACAGUGUAUUUGUUUAGUUUUUGGAUUCUGAAUGUCACCUACAUUGGUUUGUCUAUCACCUUGUUUAUCUCCAUUGGAUUGUUCCUGUACAAUAGAGGUCUCGCUGGAGACACUCGAACACAGUAACUUUGUAAGAACAUAUUUAUAUUUUUUUCUGUAUAUGUAUUUCUUUAAUUUCUUUAUCUUACUGUAAAAUAUCCAACUCCUCAAGACUUAGAUGAGGGAGAGGGACUAUAUGGUAGAUUAUUUUAACAAUGGGUAUCAAAGCAAUAUGUCUCGGACACAAGCCUCUCGCACUGUAAUUGUCUUCACUACUGUUUGCAACUAACAGAUUUAGGUCAUUCCAUAUGGCCUAACAACCCGAAAUAGCAAGGCAGGGUCAACCUCUGCGGUUGUGUCUGGAGGGGGCGGAAUAGGUUUGUUCCAAACCUUCAAUUUCAUAUUUCCAGCUCCAUCACUGCUCAAGUACAAGUCAUCUGUUCCUUGUUUUUUAUUGGAUUGAAGUACACAAAAAGCACUGUUUGGUUGGAACAAUUGCUUAACUUCAAAUGAUGUUGCAUCAUUAGCCUUUACACAAAAAAUAAAGAAAAUUUAUUUAUCAA